AUGCCUCAGAGCAAAACAUCAGGCUCUGGAAAUGAGCCAAAGAAGCGCUCUCGUACAGGGUGUCAUGGUUGCAAGAACAGAAAGGUCAAAUGUGACGAAGCAAAACCGCGAUGCUCCAAUUGUGUGAAACAAAACGAAGAGUGCGACUACUCUCUGAAGCUGCAAUGGGGAGGCAGGAGCAAGAAAGAGCAGAAUGCCUUUUCAGCCAUGGCAAGCGCGACCUCUGGAUUUUCAACAAUUACGUUUGCUACUCCUGGCAUACCGCCCAAUGCGACUGCCUCACCAUCGGUCCGGACAGCAUCCACUUCCGAGCACCCGGCUCGUGGGAUAGAUGCAUCUAGAGAAAGUGGCAGCAAUGCUAACACUCAGCCGACACCUCUUGAAUACAAUGCUGGACUUGACUCUCAAGCCAGCUCAUACACGAGUCGAUCACCAGCUCAACUUGAAUCAACUGGUUCGUACUCGUCCUUGCCACAGUUUGCGCUGCCAAAUCCAUAUUCGUCCAUGAACCCUCCAACAGGACCAUACUAUCGAAGUCCAAGUCUCACGCGACCACCUUCACCAUACGAGUUCGGAUGGUCCAACGACGACAAGACUAAAAGAAUCAGACUAGAUUCUGGCGAAGGCACAGCACGCAGCCUCCCGCCACUAUUUGCUCGGCCUGGACUUCCCGAACCCAAUUUCUCAGCCUUUUCACCAUAUGACCAAGCCUCUCCGGGAGCAUCCAAUUAUCAUUCUGCGCCUUCUCCUCUUACUCCCGGCUCAUCUAGUGCUCGCGCGUCUCCCAGCUUGAGGAGGCUAUCUGUGAACUAUCUGCUCUCAGGCCCAGCAGGAGACAACGCGAGCCCUAGAUCGUCCUAUGAACACUUCAGUGGCUUUCAUCCUAGACGUGAGGAUGGAUUCCUAGUAUAUGGCUUUGAUUAUGGUUUGCCCGAUCUGGACAUACCAAAAAAUGAUGACAACGUGGCAAUUAAUCCGCAGACGCCUGCAGUAUCUACGACCUCACCCAGUGCGUUGUCUGACGUUGUAUGGUCACCCUCGCAACUAUUCGAAUCGCCUAUAGAGAAGCCCGCUUUCGAACGAGGCGGCUACUAUGCUCGCCCUGUACCAAUACGAAUAUCUUUGGAUCUUGAGCCACUUCCUGCACAGUUGCUAGAGAAUCCGAUGAACCUCAUCUACUUCCACCAUUUCUUGAACCACACAGCUCGCAUAUUGGUACCACACGACUGUCCUGACAAUCCUAUGAAGACUACCUUGCCACGAAUCGCUGUGCAAAAUGCCAACUUACUCAAUCUACUACUUGCUUACUCGGCCUCACAUCGAGCACGUCUGCUCGGUCACCCAGAACCUGCUAAUCGUAUCGCAAUAUGGCUCCGUGAUGUUUUUCCAGACUUGCGACGAUCGCUCUCUUCGCACGAGCCCGUAUCGAAUGCAACACUGACGACUGCAAUCAUGUUGGCGUCACGAGAGUGUAUCAACCCCGACAGCCUUGAUGUCCCGAUACCUUGGCAAAGUCACCUUGAGAUUGCUCGACAAAUCAUCAUCUCUCGAGGUGGGCUCAAGGAUAGAGGUGCCAAUGGUGAUCCCUUUGUCAAUUUCCUCGCAAGAUGGUUCUGCUAUCUAGAUGUUAUUGGCUCUUUGUCUGGCCAUCGGAAUCAAGCACCGCUGGACGACAAGUACAUGAUGUUCGACUCGAAUAACCAGUCAGAUGAAUACGGUUUCACGAUUGACUGUUUCUUCGGCUUUACCAAUUGUUGCAUCAGUCUGCUAGCCCGAGUCGCGAGACUAGCUCGUCAAUGCGGAGCCCAGCGUAUUGAUGAGGACGGAAAUAUUGACUCUGACUGGCGGCCCUCAGAAGAGGUGCUCAAAGAAGCAGAAGUCCUAAAGCAGGAGUUGUCACACAGUAGGCAUCAUGUACAAAGAGGCUGCCGUCACAGUCUGGACGAAGACGAACAAUCUAGCGAGAGAACACGACUAGAGCUCCAAGAGAUGGUUUCGGUCAACGAAUCUUUCCAUCUUGCUGGAUUGAUACAUUUGAACCGGCGGGUAUUCGGUAAACCAUCGACUGAUCCUGAGAUACAGCAAUCCGUCAAGCUUGUUCUCAAGGCUUUGAAGGACGUAAGGAGAGGCGGUACUGCAGAGUCAAGUCUGCUGUUUCCAAUGUUCACAGCCGGAUGCGAUGCGCAAGAUACUGAAGACCGGGAGACGAUAUUGGAGAGGCUCAAGCUGGUUGAAGGGUUGGGUAUGACUUAUGUUCGAAAUGCACGACACUUGAUGGAGAAAUCAUGGGAUACUGGUAAAUCAUGGGAAGUUCUGGUCAAUGGCGAGUUUCUGGGAUAG